CCUUUGGAGCUCCCAACCGCCUCGUUCUUCCUCAGGUCCGGGACAGCAGUUGGUCCCCACCCCUCCGGUGCGAGAAGGAGGGAGCGACUGGAAUCCCUCGGCUGAUGCUGGGAGACUUGAGCUAAUCCGGGGUGGGAAGUGGAUCCCGGUUCAUGGGGUACAGGGGGAGCUGUCCAGCCCCGCAGCCCAAGCUGGAAGAGAGGGUGGGCCAGGGCGCUCCAGGCCGAGCAAGGCGCGGGUGCGGCAGUGACUCCCCCUGCAGCCCGCCCCCCACGUGGCCGCCGGCGUGCCAACCCCUCCGAGGAAGCGGCGCGGCUUCCUGCGGCUCGGGCCGGGGAUAUAGGCGCCCCCGCCCGGGCCAGCUCAGCUCCGCCGCCCCUCCUCGCCAUCUCGCCCAAGGCGUGAUGGCCCGGCUCCGAGUAGAGCGCGCCCCGGGUGGAUCUCGGCUCGGCGUGACCCGCGCCCAGUGGCCGGCAGCGCUCUGCCUUGCUCCGCUGCUGCUGUUGCUGCUGCUGCUGGGCGCUGUCUCAUCCUCUCCGGAGUCCCUGAAUCAAUCUCAUCCCACCGAGGACAGCCCUCUGUCAAAGGGGAAGAUAGAAGACUAUGAAACAAAUGUCCUAUCUUGCUGGUAUUAUUACAAGAGUUGCAUGGACUCUGUCAAGGACUGGUGCAACUGGACUUUGAUUAGCAGGUAUUACAGCAACCUGCAAUAUUGCCUGGAGUACGAGGCAGACAAGUUUGGCCUGGGCUUCCCAAAUCCCUUGGCAGAAAGUAUCAUCCUUGACGCUCACCUGAUACACUUUGCCAACUGCUCCCUGGUGCAGCCCACCUUCUCUGAUCCCCCAGAGGAUGUGCUCCUGGCCAUGAUCAUAGCCCCCAUCUGCCUCAUCCCAUUCCUUGUUACUCUUGUGAUUUGGAGGAGUAAAGACGGUGAUGCCCAGGCCUAGGGUCCAUUUCUCAGCAGCCAUCUUUUCCCUUUCCCCUGCUGGAACCAGGAACCUCCCCUCCCCUCCCUAUCCACUUAGUUUCAUCCCUCCCACGGACUUUUGGAUUGGUGGAAAUGAAGGCAAAGGGGACUCAUGGCACAAUGUCUAUAGUCUUUAAAAUAAAAUAUGUUUUUGUACAA